UCAGAUGAAGUCUCAUUUCAAAUUCUACUAUUUGCAUCUAGACAAUAGUGAGAAUGGGUUGCAAAAUGUCUUGUCAUAUGACACCAACUUGUGAAUUAUUCCAAAUGGACGCCUCAGAACGAUCCUUAGGCGGCCUGCCCGUUGGAGAAAGAUUACAUGCCGCCAUCCUCUCCAAUGACUUAGAGCUUUGCCGACAUAUAUUGAAAAAACAUUCAGAUGGGAGAUUUCCUAAAUUACAAGAAUUUCCUUGUGGCCAUGUUUCGCGGUCGCCGCCUUUGCAUGUUGCAUGUAUGUAUCGAAGACCUGAAAUUGUGAGAUUGUUUGUAGAAAACGGAGCCGACGUCAGCGCACUCGACAUAUACGGAAGAACGCCGUGUAAUAUUUGUUUGCAGUACUGGCCACGUAUUUGGCCAAAUGAAGAUACUCUGUUUUUUGACAAUCUGGAUAUUGAAGACGAUUUUUGGAAUUCCAUGAAAGAUCAGAUCUGCAAAGCGUCACUUAUAUUGGAAAUACUUUUAAAGCAUGGAGCGAAUGAAGAGGAAAAACUUUGUUCUCAGAACCAGUCCCUUCUCCAUUUUGCAGCUAAAAAGGAACUGCAUGGUGCUAUGAAGAUUUUGAUUGAAGCUGGUGCUAAUAUGAAUAUUGGUGAUGUUCAGUUUUGUACGCCUCUGGCCGUGGCAGCUAAGCAUGGCAGGUUGAGAAGCAUCAGGUACCUUAUCAAUCAAGGUGCUGACGUCACACUAGCAGACAUAAAUGGCUGUACAUAUUUGCAUCAUUUAUGCUCUUGUGAAAGACUGACUUUAUCUGAACUGCACCAUGCUUUGAGUCACGCCCUUCCUCUAGACUUCAAUCAAACCAAUUAUGAAGGGCAAACAAUCUUACACAUCAUUUCCUCUCGGGGAAAUGGUGACAAGAUUUCCUGUCUGUUACAGGGAGGCUGCGAUGCUAACGUGAGGGACAGCAUGGGCCGUACGCCCUUAUUUUGCCUCUUAGAUUCGUGUGAGCCCGGUCGUUGUCUCCAUGGGAUUGAGUGUCUACUUAUGGAAACGACUCAAGUAAACAUUCGAGACACGCAAGGUAAUCACCCGAUGUGUUUCCAUAGAUACCGUAAAGAAUUACCCGGUAUCCUGAAAGACUUGCUGGCAAUGUCAGCGUCUCCGUCUCGUCUGUUUUAUCUGUGCGUCCAGAGUGCCCGACAUGCGCUGGGAAGAGACAGACAGGAUAUCCGCAAUUUGUCACAACUCCAACUUCCGGGUGUUAUAACAUCUGAAAUUAUUCUCGUUAGCAAUUUCACGAAUAUGCCUCUUUUACUUAAUGGAGUUCAGAGAGACAGCCAAGAUAGCCAAGAUAUUUAAUGAUUCAGGCAUAGUAUCAAAAGACACAAAAACAACAACGGGGACA